AUGGGUUCGGCCGACGAAGACACGCAAUCAGACAACAGGCUCCGUGACGCUAAACAUUUGCAUCAUUUACUCAUCUGUGAAGAAGCAUCAUGCCUGAACCAGCCAAACCCUGCGCCCAAGAAGGGCUCUAAGAAGGCCGUCACCAAGACCGCCGUUAAGGGAGGAAAGAAGCGCAGAAAGUCCAGGAAGGAGAGUUACGCCAUCUACGUGUACAAAGUGCUCAAGCAGGUCCACCCCGACACCGGCAUCUCUUCCAAGGCGAUGGGCAUCAUGAACUCUUUCGUCAACGACAUCUUCGAGCGCAUCGCCGGUGAGUCGUCUCGUCUCGCGCACUACAACAAGCGCUCCACCAUCACGUCGAGAGAGAUCCAGACCGCCGUGCGUCUGCUGCUGCCGGGUGAACUCGCCAAACACGCCGUGUCCGAGGGCACCAAAGCCGUCACCAAGUACACCAGCUCCAAGUAAAGCGCCGCUUUCAUCCGCCGCACACAAAGGCUCUUUUAAGAGCCACACACUUAAUCCUUUAAAAGAGAUUCUCAUAUUUGUAAAGUUUUGAGCUGUAUUUUUUUCAUCAUUGUUGUGAUUUAAAUUACGACGCGACAUACGGCAAAUAAAAUUGCAAAAAAUCGUUUUAUCUUAAAGAAAUCAUGUUUUAAUGUAAAUAUAAAUGUAAAGGUUUGAAUUUAGU